CUACUAUUUUUAAAAAUAAUACUCCGAUUAUAAGGACAUUUUGGAUAUGUAUAAGAGUAAGUUAGGGGAAAAGGCAGUGAGGGGCAAAGGGGGUCCCUGAGUAAGUGAGGGGCAUAGGGGGUCCUUCGAUCCCCAGGACAUUUUGGAUAUGUAAAGGGUAGUGAGGGAUUUUUGUAAAGGAUUUUGUAUUUUUGUAAAAUAAUGCUUCGAUUAUAAGGACAUUUUGGAUAGUGAGAGGCAAAAGGUUGCGCUCCUUGAAGGCAUUGAUCCUUCGAUCUUCAGGCAACCAUUGCUAGGCGGUUUAGCUGACCACGUAACUGAUUAAGUUUCAUAAUUUCUUCUACUAGACCUUUAAACCCUUGCCUAGUAAUCGUUUUAAAUGCUACUUCUUCAUUACAUAAUAAAAGAAUAAAAAAUUAUAUUAAAAAAUAUUUCCAGAUAAUGCUUAUGUUUGUAGCGGAGAAUGUGCCAGAAUGGCCAAUAGUCCAUCUAUGGGACGAUUUCAAGCUGCUGCAGCUGCCAAAAUAGACCACUUUCAAUGUUGUCACCCAAAAGAAUAUAACGGAAUUACUAUUCUUUUUGUGCAAGAAAACAAUAAUGUACUAAUCCGUCAAAUACCAAAUAUGGUGGCCAAGGAUUGUGGUUGUCAAUAA